UUGUCUGAGUUAUAUUUUGAGAUGUCUAGUGUUAUUGUUAUUGGUGUGGCUUUUCCAAUAGGGAAUGCUUUGCUGUUGAAGUUGGGGGCCAAAAAUGGGAAUAAAAGAACGGUCAAAUUGCAUUGUAGGUCGAGUUUGGCAAAUGGGUUGAGAUCAUCACCGUCAUCAUCAGCAGUAGCAGCAGCUGCACAAGAGGAAGUCAAGCAAAAAGUGCAGAAGCAAGCAGCUCUGGUGAAACGACGCGUUAGAGAGAGAGGUUAUUAUAAUGGAAUGAUGAUGAGCAGUUGGGAUCUAAAUGAAGCUUAUGAUCGCUGUGUUGAGAUGGCCACCAAGGACGCUUCUUCUUUUUUACUAACCACCUCCCUGGAUUCUCCCUCCACCUCUGCUCUCUCUUUCCUCAUUCAAAUUGUAUCAUCAAUCCUAUGGAAACCAGACCGGAAUAAAGCUUUUGCGGCAUUAGCUGUGUGGUGUAGAAGGACAGACGAGCUUGUUGACGGAAUUAAUGGUUGGAGCACCACACCGGAGGUUCUUGACAAAUGGGAACAAAGGUUGUUUGAUCUUUUCCAUGGUCGCCCUUCUGAUCUCUAUGAUGCUGCUCUUUUUCACACCAUCACUAAUUACCCUAUUGACAUUCAGCUAUUCAAGGACUUCAUAGAAGGAAUGAGGAUGGACUUGAAGAAAUCAAGAUAUGAGAACUUUGAUGAGCUAUAUCUCUACUCCUAUCAUGUUGCUGGUACUGUGGCACUAAUGGGUGUUCAACUCAUGGGAACUUCACCAGAUUCGAAGGCCUCACCUGAGAGUGUUUAUCAUUCUGCUUUAUCCUUUGCCAUUGCUACCCAACUCACUGACAUACUCCGAGACAUCGGAGAAGAUGCAAGGAUGGGAAGAAUAUAUCUACCACAAGAUGAGCUGGCACAUGCCGGCCUAUCAGACGACAACAUAAACAGGGGAAAAGUGACCGACGAGUGGCGGAAUUUCAUGAGGGGACAAAUAAAGAGAGCAAGGAUGUACUCAGAUGAGGGUGAGAAACUCAUUGCUGAGUUGAACUCAGAUGAUAGGUGGUUAAUUUGGUUAGUCACAUUACUAAAUAGGCAAAUCUUAGACAACAUUGAGGCUGAUGAUUUUAGCUUCACAAAGAAAGCAUCUGUGGGGAUUGCAAAGCAACUUGUAACUGUUGUUGCAGCUCAUGGGAUUUCACUUGGUGGUGGUGGUUCCUCUAAUUUUGUUGAGUUGGUUAAACUACUUUGUAUUCUUUUUCCCUUUUAAUUAAUUAAUGACUUGUCAUUACAAAAACUCUAAAAUUUGUAGAAGAAAAAAGAGAAGUAUCACUCAAUAUUAUUAAAAAAUGUCAAUUUUUUUCACUUUGAAUUGAACUAUCAAUUUGUAUCAAUAUAAAAUUUUCAUUAUGUAAAUGGAUGAAAAUUUGUUAUAUGACCUCGACAUAUAUUGUAGAAUACUUAAAAUGAUUGUGUUUUUUUUAAUAAAUUGUUUAAUUUUUAGGACCAUCUAGUUUGCACAAACUUA